UUGCGUCGAUGACUAUCUGAACCACUCAUCUCUUCGCCUACUAUUCAUAGUCUUGGAGUACGGGCACGAGAUGCACGGCAUCCGGCGGAUCAUGACACAGGAUGGGCUGGCAGGCCGAAAAUAUGGUCCGAGGGCCGUGUAUCAGACCGCCCAGACCGAGACUCUAGGAGUUUCAAAGCUUGUGCUGGCCUCACCACAGCCCCCAAGGAGCCGAAUCCAACCAGUGAGCUUCUCCAAAUGAUAGGAUUUCAUUGAGAAAGGUCCAGGCCGUUUCGAUUCUCCCAGCUGUAUCCUGUGGUGGGCUGGGAUGCGCGGUUACGAUUUCCUCUGAUCUUCGGCUGUGCUGCCCCACUUUGGAAACUCCCCAAGUCGAGGGUACCAUCGUCUCUUCUUCCUGUAGAGUUUGCUCCUUUGACAUCUCCAACUCCAUUUGGGCGGGCGACCAAUUGUCCUUUGUUUCUACUCACAAUCAUUCCAUUCAUUCUUUCGCUGCGCGACCUUGUUCUUACUUCCAUCAGAACCUUUGACAGGCCUCUAGCUAAUUCUUCACUCUUUUGUGCGAUUUCAACGACCUCAAAUAUCUUUCCUCGACGACCCUGGCGGCUCCUUAUUAACAAAUAUCCAGAGCUUUGCUUGCUCAUUCUUUCUUUCUAUACUAUCGACUUUCAUAAUUUCAUAAUGCGCAUUCAAAACUUAGUAUGGCGGUCGCUGUUAGUUCAGUCCGCAGCCGCGAUCACAGUAGACCCAACAUCGUCCGGUAAGGUCCAGCGAUACGAACAUGAUCAGAAGUGUGAAGUCUGACCAUCGUAUUCUUCUAGCCUCCAUAAAAUCAGCUGCAAGUACAGCGGCGCAUGGUCUGCUCACAUUUUACCACGGAAACGAAACUGUACGUUUGUCCCGAACAUCUAGACCUUCGAUGGCGAACAAUUUAUUUGUGUAUUGGAAUGAUAUAUCAUUAUUUCGACAUAUCAUUCAUACUUCUUGGUGCUAACUUUUCAAAGGGCCAAAUACCAGGGCUAUUACCUCCGCCACAUUUCUGGUGGGAAACGGGUGGGAUGUUCAUGACGCUGAUAGAUUACUGGAGGUAUACGGGCGACACGACAUACAACAGCUUAGUAUCGGAAGGCAUGCUAUUCCAGACAGGCCCAGAGCAAGACUUCAUGCCUCCCAACCAGACCAAAACCGAAGGAAACGACGAUCAAGGGUUCUGGGCUAUGGCAGCUAUGUUAGCAGCAGAAACAAAUUUCCCCAAUCCUCCACCGGACCAACCACAAUGGGUUGCCUUGGCUCAAGCAGUCUUUAAUGAGAUGGCUUCGCGGUGGGACACUUCAACCUGCGGUGGGGGUCUGAGAUGGCAGAUUUUCCCAUUCAACAACGGUUUCAACUACAAGAACAGUAUCGCCAAUGGCUGCUUCUUCAACUUGGGUGCUAGGCUGGCGAGAUACACCGGAAAUCAGACAUAUGCAAACUGGGCUUCUAAAGUAUGGGAUUGGGAAGCUUCUAUCGGCCUGAUAGAUGAUAAGUUCAAUAUCUACGACGGAGCACAAGACAAAACGAACUGCACAACCAUCGAUCGCUUACAAUGGACAUACAAUGCAGGAAUCUACUUGCAUGGAGCAGCAAACCUCUAUAACUUGACAGAUGGCUCCUCUCUCUGGGGCGACCGCGUCUCCGGAAUCCUCAACCGCAGCAGUCAAGUCUUCUUCAAAGACAACGUAAUGAUCGAACAAGCCUGCGAGAACGGCAACAACUGCAACAUCGACCAGUCCUCAUUCAAAGCCUUCUUCUCAUCCUGGCUCGCCAGCACCUCCAUCCUCGCCCCCUUCACCGCACCCACCAUCGCACCACUCCUCGCAUCCUCGGCCAAAGCCGCCGGUUUGCAAUGCUCGGGCGGACCAGACGGCAAGACCUGUGGGUUCAAAUGGACGACUGGUGCUGCCUAUGAUGGAACCACUGGUGUAGGACAACAGAUGAGUGCUCUGGGAAUUUUGCAGAGCGCCAUGGUUCAGAUCCCUAGAAAGGCUGUCAGUACAGGUGGAUCGACUGGUGGGACCUCAAACUCGGGAGGAAAUACUGGAUCUUCAGGAGGAUCUGUUCAAGAUGACUCUCUUCCCAGCUUCGCACCCGUGACAAACACCACUGGUGGUACCAGCGUAGGCGAUGCAUCCGCUGGAAUCAGCAAGCCUGGAGGGUAUGAGGUCAAGGAGAUCAAGAUUACGACGAAAGAUACCAUUGCGGCGAGUUUCGUGACCAUCGGGAUUGUGGGCAGUGUGAUCGGAGGGAGCAUCAUCAUGGUUUUGGAGAGUUAAGUUGUGGUAGAAUCUUGGGUAUUCUGGUUUCUCCGUGUGGAUUUUCUUGUCGAGCAUUUCCAGCAUCGCUGUUCUUAAGCAUAGGGUUUGGCGUGGCGUUAUAAGAAGAGGUUGUGCAUAGUUGGUAGUAAGGGUGUCUUGCACCAGUCAGUGUCUUAACCAUUUGAUGUACUGUAAAUUGGCUGGAUCAUAGGGUUUGAUAUCCAUAAAUUACACAAAGGACGCUGUCAAGAAUUCUUCUUCUUCGCCAUCUAGCAGCAUGUGGAGUAGAUAUGCUCUUGUACCUGAUCUUGUCCAAUAACAAGUUUUGCCAACCCCAGAGGUAGUUCUCAGUCCUAAUGAAUGGAUUGCUGGAUCAGAGAGAGUUGGAUAUAUCCCAUUUCCAGCCGUAUCCUCAGCCCCACCUGUCCAUUCAUGUUUUUGACUGCCCGAUAGAGAGACCAAAAUACAACGCUUCAUCCUAGCU